GCAUUUCAGUUUGAGUUUGUAUUCAUGAUCAGCUAGCAGUGAAUAUUUCUCUCCGAAUUCCAAAAUUAAUUUUAAGUAAAAAGUCGGUUCAAAUGGGUUUGAUCUUAAUUUUAAUAAUAAUUUAUGUUGCGGCUUGCUGCAUUAUAUUUUUUGCUGUGUGCUGUCAAUCAGGAAAUACUUCUGCAACUAUUAACUCAAAUCGUGCCAUCACAUAUCCAGGACCAUCAUCACAGCCUAUCACAAGUUCAAGUCCACGAGCUACUCGUCAAGUGCCUUUAUCAACCACAAUACCAGAAAAUUUCUUACGAAUUCCUCUUAAUGCUUCACCUAGCUCAACUAGGCGGAUGCCAAUUCCUCAUUCUAAUGUUGGUUGGAAUGUUGCAGGAUCUCAAGCACAACCAUAUCCACCAAUCAACUCAGAGUGUCCGUAUCCACCACAAAGACCUUACCCACCCCAAGAAUCUGAAAGAUCGUAUUUAGUUCCUCCAUCUGCACCACAAUCAACAAAUAAUUCAGAUCUACUUGAUGACGCACCACCAAAUUAUGAAGAAGCUAUUCAGUUUAUUUCAAAAAAAUAGACAACGACAGAAAAUCAAGUCUUUAGGAUUAUAUUUUGGAUAUUCUGGGAUUUAUCCUGAGUGUCCGCACCUUGCAGGAAAUAAUAAAAUUAUUGUAAGUUAACAAAUUUAUUGUAAAAACUCAGGUGACUUUUAUGAAGAAGUUAAUUGAAUCAGAAUUCAACUGGUCAAUUCUAAUGCAUUUAAAGGAUAAGAUUUAAUAAAAAAAAAUAAUUU